AUGUUGGCACAACUUAUGGAUAUUAUCCUGAAUGUCAAUAAUGCGGACGAUUUCACGGAUACUUUUUAUAUAAUGUUAGCCAUGGUCAUCGCUUCCUGCAAGAUGCUCAGUCUAUUGCUAAAUCGCAAGAAUAUCGAGAUAUUAACUGGCGCAUUGGUUGAGAAACCAUUUAGACCUUUGGAACCAGAUGAAAUUGAGAUUCGACAAAAAUAUAAUAAUAUAAUACGGAUCAAUUCUAUAAUCUACACGGUUUUUGUUGAGAUAACGUGCGGAUGCAUGAAUUUAACGUCUUUACUUAUGGAUUUCCGGCAAGGAAAUUUAGCGUAUAGAGAAUGGAUACCCUUCGAGUGGUCCGAUACAGUGUAUUAUCUCACAUACUUUCGUCAAUUAAUGAGCUUAACGGCUGCGUCGAUCGUGAAUGUUGCUUGCGAUAUAAUGAUUUGUGGAUUGCUGCUACAUAUUUACUGCCAAAUCGAAAUCUUAGAGUGCCGUGUGAGAAAAUCGUUACGCAAUCGAGGCGACUUGGGUGAAUGUGUGCGUCAGCACGAUCAUAUCUACAAGAAUAUUGCAAUGUGUUAUGUUAUUUUGAUUAUGCUCACUUGCGCAGGCCAUUUCGUGGUAUCAUUACUAACGAGUUUCAAAAAAAGGCAGUUAAUACUUAGAGGGUGGAUACCGUAUGAUUACUCGUCGUUCGUGCUAUUUUGUCUUACAUACACUCAUCAAUACGUAGGCGUGAUAUCCGCAUCUCUUAUUAAUGUUGCUUGUGACAGUCUCAUUAUUGGUCUGUUAUUGCAUCUGUGCUGUCAAAUUAAGAUUUUACAGUAUCGUUUUAAAGGUCUUAUAACUGGUCAGAAUACUCUGGAUGAUUGUAUACGCCACCAUCAUCACAUAAUCGAAUUUGCAUACACGACUAACGAGAGAUUCACGAGAAUCAUCGCGGUUCAAUUUGUAGCAAGUACAUUGGUAGUCUGUUCAAACUUGUAUCAAUUAACUAGGGCAAAAUUAAUAGUAGAUUUAAUUAUCCUUUUUGCAUACACAAUUUGUAGCCUUCAAUUGAUCGAUAGUAUUUUCGAAAUAGAAUGGAUAGCAUUGGACCAUAAAACUAAAAAGAGUCUUUUGAUAAUUAUGAUUUGCGCAAUGAAACCUAUUGAAUUUCACAGUGCACACAUUUUUAACAUGAAUUUAGAUUCUUUUGUAGCGUUGCUUAAAACGUCAUAUUCUGCUUACAAUUUGCUAACCCAAAUACAGGAAUAA